CCCCUGGCAAAUUUUGAUUUAAAGUUACUUUUAUUCAACCAGCAAGUUUUUUUUUUGACCGGAAAUGACACAGGCUUCUCCCAGAAGAUUAUAAGACGAUGUACAAGAGGAAUCAUUGUGGAAAAAAAUAUUUCUCAGCUUUUACAUUUGAACAAUAAGUGGCAUGUCCAAAAUUAUUCAUACCCUUCUCAAUAAUCAAUAGAAAAGCCUUUAUUGUCUAUUACAGCAAUCAAACGCUUCCUAUAAUUGCUGACCAGCUUUUUGCACGUCUCCACUGGUCAUCUUUAGCGAUGAGCUCCAACUCUUUCAGGUUGGAGGGUCUCCCUGCCUUCACCCUAAUCUUUAUCUCCCUCCACAGAUUCUCAAUUGGAUUCAAGUCGGGACUCCGGCUGGGCCACUGCAAAACGUUAAUGUUUUUGUCUGCUAACCAUUUCUUCACCACUUGCUGUGUGUUUUGGGUCGUUGUUGUGCUGAAAUGUCCACUGGUGCCCAAAGUUUCUCUGCAGACUGCCUGAUGUUGUUGUUGAGAAUCUUGAUGGAUUGCUCUUUUUUUCAUGGUGCCGUUUACUGUGAUUAGGUUCCCUGGUGCAUUGGCUGAAAUGGUGGUUCCCACCACCAUGUUUGACAGUGGGGAUGUUGUUCUUAGGGCUGAAGGCUUAAGACUUUUCUACGCCAAAUGAAGGAAACAUCAUUGUGGCCAAACAAUUCAAUUUUUGUUUCAUCUGACCAUAAAACAGAAGACCAGAAGUCUUUUUCUUUGUCCAGAUGAUCAUUUGCAAAGGCCAAGCGGGCUUUUGUGUGCCUUAUCUGGAGAAGUGGCGUCCUCCUUGGUCUGCGUCCGUGGAACCCAGCAGUGUCCGUUAGACUGUCUGCCUUGAGACUUGCCACCAGCAGAGCCCAGAUUCACCAGGAUGGCCUUGGUGGUGAUCCUUGGAUUCUUCUUCACCUCUCUCACUAUCCUCCUGGCCAGCACAGGUGUCACUUUUGGCUUCCGACCACGUCCUCUGAGAUUUUCCACGGUGCGGAACGUCUUGUAUUUUUUAAUAAUACUUUGCACUGUAGCCACUGGAACUUGAAAACAUUUAGAUAUGGUCUUAUAGACCUUUCCUGACUUGUGAGCAGCCACAAUGUGCAGCCGCAGGUCCUCAGUGAGCUGCUUUGUCUUAGACUGUCCACAAACCAACUGCAGAGAGCUGCUGUUUUUCACCUGUUAAGUUGAUUAAAACAGCUGUUCCCAAUGAACCAGGUAAUUAAGAUGCUUUAGAACAGCUUGGACUGUUUGGAAUGGUAUAGAACUUUGGAUUUUUCCAUAGACUGACAGUUUGCCAGUAUGAAUAAUUUUGGGCUUGACUGUAUAUAUAUUCCUGCUGUUUCUGUAGUACUGUCUCAGUUUAAUGAUGAAGCAGGUUUCAUAUCUCUCACCGCUCUUUAAAAGUCUUAAAUGUACAGAAGAGGACUAGAGCCACAUGUGGAAACAUUUCUUCACGUGUCUCUAAUCCUCCUCUAUAAAUGUGACCCGGUGAAACCGGUUAAAAUCUUUGUUGCAGUCAGAGCUGCAGUGAUUACUGAUCCAGUGACGGUAAACUGAAACUCAAAAUGUUUAGGAACCUGAAUGUGUCAGUGAACACAACUUCUUAUAUUUGGAUGAUUCAAAGGAAAAAACGUGAAAACCAGCUUCCAAGAUUUUUCAAACUUAAAAGAAAAACUGCAGCAGAGCUGUGACUGGAUGUAAUUACAUAAACUGUGGCUAAUGAAGACCAUGUCACAGGCUAGAAAGCUCCGAAACAGGCUCAUAAAUGAAAGUUGAGGUUGUUUAGUUAAACUCUUUUAGUCUCAUUCAGCCAAUAACAUUCAUGAUGGAGGCCAAACCAGACUCCACCCACAACACGCACAUUUUAAAGUUUGUUUAUAGGCAAAACACACACACACACACACACUCACACACUGUGUGUGUGAGUGUGUGUGUGUUCCAGAAAUAACCCAGCCUUCAGAGUGUUUCAGCAGGAGGGAGGAGGAGGAGGGUGAAGAGGGGGGAGGAGGGCGAGGAGGUUCUGACCUACAGAGUUUUUAUAACUGACUGAACUCUGAAGAGAAAAACUCUGAACUUGUUGAUUCUGUUCAGAAAAACAAAACCACAGAAGAAGUGAAGGGUCCAGGUCCGGGUCCGGGUCCGGGUCCAGGUCCAUCCGGAGGAGGACGGACUGGAAUCAUGACCGUGGCUUCUCUUUUCUUCUGCUGUUGGAUUUAACUCAAACCAGAUGUCCUGCUGCCAGACUCCGGUUGUUUUUAACGUCUCUGUGACGUCACCAAACUCCGUAUUUUUCCUGUACUUCUAACGUCGACUUUUAACGGAACGCGCGCGACUGGAGCUCAGACUGAAGGUUUAACGGUUUAACGGGACUUUGUGGUUCGGUCCCGGUGUGAUCCUGGUCUUACUGAGUCUUGAUCAGCUGACUGGACCGCGGGUUCUUGUGCACAGACAGGAUAAAGAAGACAGAAGUGUGGUGUGUUUGAGGGACCAUGGAGAACUGAAGAACCUCUGAAGAGUCAUGAGGCUGUAAACGCACAUGACCACAGACAGAAGAUGCGCGUGUCCGUCCGGCUGCGCACACAGAGUCCCGUUCAGAAUCAGACCGAUUUAAAGUUUGAUUCAUUAUAGAUUGAAGUUCUCUGGGUUUAUAUUUUCAGAUCAUACAUUUCCAGACUCUCGUGGCUUCAUCAGUGAAUUCGGGAUAAAUAGAACCCAACAGACGGGUAUUUUAUUUUAAUGACAGACUCCUUUAACUAUUUCUCUGACAGUCAUGUAAACAGUCCUGACUCCUGAAGUCAGCAGAGGGCUGAGGUGAUGAGGAUGAUGAAGAUGAUGAUGGUGCACAGUGAAACCCUGGGCAGUGUGAAGUGAAGCUCUCUCCUCAUGCGGUGUCUCCUGGCUUCAGCCGCCCGGAUGCUGCUCCGCCGCCGGCCCUGCUCCGGCCCGCUGCUGCUGCUGCUCGGGGUCGCGGUGUGUCUCUUCUACCAGACCCUGAUGCUGGCCCGGAACCGGCUCCGGUCCGGACCGCAGCGUCCCGCCACUGAUGUUCGCAGCAGGAAGUCUACGGAUGAAUUCAUGAUGAUGGAGACCAGGAAGUUCAUUUCUACCCUGGAGACUUUACAGAGAGAGACUCAGGUCCAGAUGUGGUCCCGGAAACCCCCCUGGCGUCGUCGGGCCGUGGUUCUGACAGGUCGACAUCUGGCCUCUGACACCGAGGUCCAGCUGUACCAGCAGGUCCUGCAGCAGAUGGGCUACGAGGUCCACAUGUCCAGAUACGCUGAGACCAGCAGCGUCCUCAGAACAAACCAGGGUGUGAGUGGGUGGAGCCUGUUGCUGUGUCUCAGUAGUUCAGAGAGGAGCUGUCUGAGGAGAGUCUCCUUCUCUCACCUGCAGUAUCAUCAGAAGGUGAACCUUAUUCCUGGGCUGAUGGAGGCCUUCUCUGAUGCAGGUGGUGGUCUCUGUCACCUCUUCACUCGCUCACACCCGACAGAUUUACCCAUGAAGCCAUACUCCUGUGGAUCGACCAGUCAGAAGCUGCAGAUUCCUCAGGACAGGCACUCACCUGACCGAGCCCAACCCCCUGAUCUGGUUACCAUGGUGAAUGUUUACAUCCUGGUGACUUCAGUCAGACCGCUGACAUCCUUCCUGCAUGACAUCAGUGUGGUGUCGACCAAUCAGGAUCCGAGGGGACGACCCAUGAAGCUCAGGGACUUCCUGUUGCAACAGCUGGGACCAACUAACUCCCAUCAGGCUUUGGGGCAGAUGAAGCAGGUCAUAGGUGAAGUGCUGCAGGCGGCAGCGUCGACCAAUGAGAAGACAGAAACAGUCAACAGGUGUGUGUUGUGUUACCAGCUGCUCACCUUCACUCUGCUGUUCAGCAGCUCCAUCACACCUGUUACAGUCCAGGUGGACACUGAUGUAACGUUUGUCUCUCUGAGUAAAGACACGUUUGACAGACAGAUCACCAAAGACCUGAUCCUGGAGGACACACUGCACUUCCUGCUGGCAACACACCCACACCUGUCCUCAGAGGCAGAGACAGAGGGGAGACAGUACGGUGGCUGCAGAGGAACAAACAGUCGGUGUCUGUCAGAGGACGAGUUUCUUCUUCUGCUUCAGUUUCAGCGACAGAUGACGACGUCUUCAGCUUUUCAGCUGCUGUAUCCCAGCCCCUCCUCCUCCUGCUCCUCCUCCUCCUCCUCCUCCUCCUCCUCUGUGAGCGUUUCUGACCUCCUAAUCAGGAUGAGCCGUUACUACGAGCUCCAGAGGAACUCCAGCUUCAGAAGUGAUGGGACGGGAGCUUUGACCAAUCAGGAGUCAGCGGCGUACUCGUCACAGGGCGGAGCCGAAGAUAAAGGUCCCUGUGUGGACCCCCGCCUCAGACAGAUCUACACCGACCCCCCCCUCACCCUGACUCCCCCCUUCAGCCCGUGGGUGAAGGAGUACCGUGCUGAGGUGACCUUUGACACGGUGACGGUUCGAAUUCGGCCAGAGCCCGUCAGCUCAGUCUGCCGGGUCCACCUGGACGAGCACCGAGGACCCAGGAUGGCAAACUACCCAGUCGGCCUCGGCGACAGCAGGAUCAGCAUCCUGGUGACGGACGACGCCGAGCCGCAGCCCAUCGUCAUGACGAUCUACACAGUCCACAUGUACCGCGAGAGCCGACCAAGUCUGCCCAUGUUUGGAGAUCAUGUGAUGUGCAGCUUCGUGCAGGACUGCGGUCUGCUGGUUCGGCCCGGUCGGUCCUGUGGUCUCCAGCCCUUCAUCAGGUAUCGGAGUCCACUUCAGACCUGCAGCUCAGGACACGCACCAGGUCGGUGGGUGGUUCCGUGUCUGAGCUGUUCUGACAACAGGACUUGUGAUUGGAGGGAGGUUGCCUGGCAGCCAGACGGCUGUUCUCACCUUUUAGUGGACCGCUCCCUGCUGCAGGACUGUAUGAUGGACAGGAAGGUGUUGUUUAUCGGUGACUCGACCAAUCGUGGGAUGAUGUUCUUCCUGAUGGAGCGAGUCAACUCGAGUCUGGAGGACUGGGGCAAAGCUCACGACACACUGGUCUACAGGAACCUGAACAGGGGGCAGAGCCUGGUCAGCUACUCGUACUACCCUCAGUUCUGGUUGGAGAAGAAGAAGAGGCCGACGUUCAGGCAGGCGCUGCUGCAGCUGCUCCACAGGUCUCGACCUCUGGUGAACUCUGACCUGACGGUGCUGGUGGUGGGAGGAGUCCAGUGGCUCAACACUGAUCACCUGAGGACAGUCAGAGAGGUGCUGGACAGGGAGUCUCUCAGUAACAUCCUGGUGGUGGUGAAGUCUCUGGGGAUGGGCUUCCACCUCCCUGUGGAUGGGAUCAGGUCUCUGAGUCUGACUGAAAUCCAAGAUCUGGACAAUGAGAACAACAACAUCAUCGCCACAGCAAAGCAUCAUGGGUACGAGGUGAUUGACACGUUCAGCAUCACGAUGGGUCGAUACAAAGAAUUCCUGCAGGGACGAUGUGCCUGUCACUUCCACGAGGUGGAGAAGUUCCGGUCCUCCAGGCCUCCAGACGACACCACAUCCACCACCAACGAAACCAGAUCCACCAGACCUGGACUCAGCAGCCAAUCAGCUGUGCAGGACACAAACCAGGAGGCGGGGCCAGCUGACACCUGGAUCUAUCACGUGAGAGGAGCAGUUAACCAGGUGUACUCUGAGAUCCUGUUGAGCCGCCUGUGCUCCAAAACCCGAACCUGAAUGUGUGUGUGUGGGGGUGUGUAUGUGUGUGUGUGGGGGUGUGUAUGUGUGUGUGUCUGUGUGUGUGUGUGGGUGUGUGUGUCUCUGUGUGUGUGGGGGUGUGUAUGUGUGUGUGUGUGUGUGUGUGUGGGGGUGUGUAUGUGUGUG